GACGCACUGAGUUAAAAAUCCGACUUGCAUUGUUUAUGUUUACUCCAGAUUAAACGUCAAAAGAUGUGUUAAUUAACCAAAUAUUUGCGUAGGAUUUUGUGCCAUAUAAAACCUUCGAAGAUGCCUUGUGAAAUGAUAACUCUCCAACUGGGCCAAUGCGGCAAUCAGAUUGGUUUCGAGUUCUGGAAACGUCUUUGUGCAGAGCACGGUAUCAAUCCAGACGGCAUCUUAGAAGACUUUGCUACAGAAGGUGUAGACCGUAAGGAUGUGUUCUUUUAUCAAGCCGAUGAUGAACACUACAAACCCAGAUCAAUUCUGGUAGAUUUAGAACCUAGAGUCAUAAACACAAUACUGAAUUCCCCUUACUCCAAACUAUACAACCAAGAAAACGUUUUCUUAUCUAAAAAUGGGGGAGGAGCAGGUAAUAAUUGGGCUUCUGGGUACUCGCAAGGAGAAAAACUCAACGAGGAGAUAUUCGAUAUUAUCGACAGAGAGGCUGAUGGAAGUGACAGUUUGGAAGGGUUUGUGCUGUGCCAUUCCAUAGCUGGAGGAACGGGUUCUGGUAUGGGUUCCAAUAUACUGGAAAAAUUGUCAGAUAGGUUUCCUAAAAAAUUGGUGCAGACAUACAGCGUUUUCCCAAACCUCGAUGAGAUAAGUGAUGUAGUCGUGCAGCCUUACAACUCUUUACUAACGCUGAAACGUCUAACAGAAUCUGCAGAUUCCGUAGUUGUUCUGGAUAACACGGCUUUGAAUCGAAUUGCCGCUGAAAGACUGAGGAUUCAGAAUCCCACCUUCACCCAGAUCAAUAGCUUGGUUAGCACAAUCAUGACGGUUUCCACUGCAACUUUACGGUAUCCAUCGUAUAUGCAUAACGAUCUCAUGGGGCUCCUUGCCCCGCUAAUCCCAACUCCUAGGUUGCAUUAUUUGAUGACCGGAUAUACCCCUUUGACGACUGACACAAAUGAAACGAGUGUUGGGAAAACCACGGUAUUGGACGUUAUGAGGAGACUGCUUCAACCGAAGAACAUGAUGGUGUCGACGACUCAGGAUAAGAAUUCUCAGCAUUGUUUCAUCUCAAUACUCAAUAUAAUCCAGGGCGAGGUAGACCCAACGCAGGUGCAUAAGUCUCUGCAAAGAAUAAGAGAGAGGAAACUUGCGCAAUUCAUUCCAUGGGGGCCAGCUAGCAUAGACGUGGCUCUGUCGAGGAAAUCCCCAUACAUCCAAACCGCUCACCGAGUCUCAGGUUUAAUGUUAGCCAAUCACACUAAUAUAAGUUCGUUGUUCGAUAGGGCCCUCAUGCAGUACGAUAAAUUGAGGAAGAGGGAGGCAUUUUUGGAUCAGUUCAGGAAGGAGGAUACAUUCAAGGAUAACUUGAAUGAGCUGGAUAAUAGCAGAGAAGUGAUUCAAGAUUUGGUCGACGAGUACAAUGCAGCGACUAGAGAAGACUAUUGCACUUGGGGAGGAUGCGAAUAGAGAUCCGUUAACUUUGUUUUUUGCUCGUUCGAGAAUUCCAUUAACCGGGUGAUAAAAAUUGUUGCCAUGACGUAUAAAGAGUUUUAAAUUGUUAAUUUAUUAUGUGACGUUAGCAUUACGUUAUUGUGUCCUAUGUUUUUUAAUAAAAGAUAUACUAAUAUA